AUGUCUUCCGAACUAGCUUUACUCAGACAAGAAAAUGACAAACUUAUGGGUGAAAAUAUGGUGCUCAUGGUCAAAAUCGUAGAAUUAGAGCAGAUUAUAGCUAAAGAAAUUCUAAAUGAGGAACCAUUAAUUGAGUAUUGUCCUCCUCAGAAAUACCAAAUUGCAAUAGAGGAUGUUGUAAAUCGUGAUCGGCUAAAAAGAUCCCUAUGUCAAGAUAAUGGGAUUUUCCUACUUGAAGUAUGGUACGAUGAAAAUUCAGAAAUUGUUAUUCCUGAAAGGAUACAAAAAAUUAAGGGUUUCAUUAAUCAAGC